UAUUGCACAGCCACUAUCCUUGCGAACGAUCGUCCAUACAACAAGAGCCUAAUUAUGAUAAGCCACUACCAAUUUCUCGGGAUCCUCUUGUUAGCAUUGCUGUCUGCUUCUUCGACGUAUGCAGGUAUGGUCUCAUGCGAGGCGUCGAAGAAAGACAUUUCAAAGAUGACAAAAGAUAAUCUAUUCUUCACGAAAACCAAACCAUUGGUAAUAGGCCAUAGAGGAAACCCAAUAUUAUACCAAGAAAACACUCUGGAUGGUUACAAGAGCUUACUUGAUCUAAAUGUCGACGGCUUUGAGACGGAUAUAUUUUUAACGAAGGAUAAGAAAUUGGUGUUGUUUCACGAUGUUAACACAAUGACACUAACGGGAGAGGAUCACAAUAUUAUGGAGAUGACAUAUGCUGAAAUAAAGAAACUUGACAUAAAGAAACAGAUAAAAUAUGGUGAUCGUGUGUAUAACUACUCAAAAACCGAGAAAAUACCACUUUUGGAAGAUCUGUUAAAGUUGAUGAAGGGCUCUGGAAUGCUCAUGAUCUUGGAGAUGAAACCAUCCGAUCCGCCAUAUAAUCUGAAGCACAGCCGACAGACUGGUAUUGAGGUUGCGAGGAUGGUGAAGAGAAUGGGACUCGAGAAGCAGGUGGUUUUGAGCUCAUUCGAUCCAUUCAAAUUGUACCAUGCUCGGGAGGAACUUAGCGGAAUAAACACAUGUUUUCUGUUCGCUAAAGACUACUGGAAAAGCGAGAGGUUUUUGAAAGGGUCUAAAAAGGAUCUGGAACAACUUCCAGGUGUAAAGGACUGUGUAAAAAAUGUAUCAGAUGCUGAAUAUGGAAAAUUCAUUUUGGAAACACCAGCAUUAGUUAAAGCAAUCGGUGCCUCCAGCCUCGAUAUGGAUUAUGAUAUUUACAACAACGCCAAAUACUCAAAUGAUUCUUAUGAGAUGUUCAAGACGAAAUCCGGAAAGGAAUUUAGUUACGGAGCGUGGACCUUAUACCAAAUGAAAUUCAGCGAAAAAGAAUUGGACGAUUCGGAGGGUAAGAUUCAGAAUUUGAUUGAUAACGGAGCUGGAAGAUUGUACGUUGAUGACAUCCCUCGUUUACUGAAGAAACUUGGGCGACCCUUGCGCCGUCCAGCAAGCUGGGUGCAUUAUAUAUUUCAGAUUUUCAGUUCCCCGUUUAGUAAUCACCAUCUUAAUGAUAUUUAGUUUAGUGAAAGAGAUAAACUUAUUGAAAAACAUGGAGAUCAUUUCAG